AGUUCUACAGAGUGCAUCCGGCGUGGCCGCAAAGAACGAUUGAAGGAAAACGAACAACGAUUUGACCAAAAGCAGGCGGCCAACUCAAGUCCAUAAAGUUCGGGAAAUAUGUCGCCGGCAGUGGAGAUGGUGAUCACGUCGGGUUCUUCGAGGAAACAAUCGAGGAGGAAACCUUGGAGAAGUACGAGGAGUUCCUGUCGGAAAAGGUGGGCACGCUGGACAGCAAAAGACGCGCCGUCGCGGACAGCGACGACGACUUUAACGAAGACUACCUUGAAGAGGCGACAAACGACUUCCAACCCGGUGCAUAUGAUCAUGAUCAAUUUGGAGAAAAGCAGUAUGAUAUCGACGAGCAGCGAGCCAUUUAUGAAGGAAACAUACUCGAGAUCACCGUCGUAUGUCUGCAACGCGGCCUCUUUCUGGCGCAGUACUGUUCGCUGUACCUGGCGGUCCGUCAUCAAGAGCGCGACCACGGCAUCACGAUGCAAGAGCUGGGAGAAACGCUCCGGUACGAUCGCGCGGGAGCGAAAGUAUCAGUGCCGCUUCUGCAACCGUCUGUGUGGACGAAACAGCCCUCGAGAAGCACAUUAAUGAUCCAUCAUUGUAAGCAGAUCCACGAACACGAGCGUUUUAACUGUGACUAGUACCCGAUCUACCCGCGCGAAAUAUACCUCAAGAUUCCAUACAGUCUCCACUCGGACGAACUC